CUCCACAAGGAAUAGUCGCAAUCAGAUUUAUGCAAAGUCUUCAUAGAAGUGCAUUCUUACGCAGAUUAUGUCGAUACUGUCCGCAUUCCGCACGUGUGAAAACUCUUUUGAUUACUUGACAGUUCGGGGAGUAGCCUGAGAAGCAGCGCACACUUCCUUAAAAACUCCCAAACAGCAACAAAGCUGAUGAACUUUACUCCGCUGGACAUUUAUUGUCCCACCUUUGAAACUUCGGUUGAGAUAAUAUUUAACAGCAAAGCAUGUGUGCGGCAUAACUGCGGUGUUCUCCACGCGUGCAGCUCACUGGAUCGGUGGAGUUUUAAUUCUGACGGAUAUUGCUUCUAGACUUCAUCUAACGCGCAGAAACAAUGGUUUCCGUCGCCAAGGUGCUCCUCGCGGUCUUCGGGGUGGCGGUGGUCGUCGUUUUGAUCGCAGUGCCCACGGCUAUAUUUUUAAGGGAGGAUGAUAGCCCGGAGACGAUCCGGAAAACGUUCACCCUAGAGGAUGUCUUCAACAGCUCAAUGAAGCCAAAGUCCUACAACCUCAAGUGGAUCUCAGACAGCGAGUAUCUGCACAAGUCAGGCGGCUCGGUCUUCCUCUAUGACGUGCUUAGGGGAAACUUCUCCGAAUUCUUGAGCAAAGCUGCGUUUGAUGAAAAAAACGCUUACGACUACCAGCUGUCUGCCGACAACAAAUUUGUUGCGUUCAUGAGCAACUACUCCAAGCUGUGGAGACAUUCAUUCACUGCUUCGUAUUCUCUUUACGACCUGACUUCAAAAACAUUCAUCACGCCGUCCUACAUUCCUGAUCAAGUCCAGUACUUUGCCUGGGCUCCUCAGGGGAACAAACUGGCCUACGUGUGGAGGAAUAACGUGUACGUAAUUACAAGCCCUGGGUCUAAACCACAACAAGUGACUUUCACUGGAGAGGAAAAUCUGCUUUUAAACGGGAUCCCAGACUGGGUGUAUGAGGAGGAGAUGUUCUCAUCCGGUCAGGGCUUCUGGUGGUCACCUGGAGGGAAGUACGUGGCUUUCGCAGAGUUCAAUGACACCAAGGUCCACAGUAUAGAGUACUCCUGGUUUGGUGACAACCAGUACCCAAGCACCGUCAUCAUCCCUUAUCCAAAGCCCGGUACUCCCAACCCCAUCGUGAAGCUGUUUGUUGUGGACACUGACAACGUGACAAACAUCGAUGAAGUUGUUGUUCCAGCCACAUUCAGCUCAGUUGAACACUACUUGGCCUCCGUAACAUGGGCGACUGAUAACCGUGUGGCCGUCCAGUGGCUAAAGAGGGAACAAAACCACCUCAUCCUUCAGAUCUACAACUUUACUGGAACUAACUGGGCUCCUGAUGAGCAUCUGGAGCUGAGAAGCACCGGCUGGAUUGGUCGGUUCUCUCCAUCAGAGCCAGUUUUUGCCGCAGACAAGAACAGCUACUACCUGCUCAUGAGUGACGCCGCAAAGUACAAGCACAUCCAUCAUGUGGUCAGGGGCACAGCUACUCCCAUCACCUCUGGGACAUGGGAAGUCGUUGACAUUCUGAAAGUCACGGCCGAUUAUGUAUACUAUUCAAGUAACCAAGACGGCGGCCGGCCAGGAGGAAGGAACGUUUACAGAUGGAGCAGCCAGGGGACUGUGUGUGUGACUUGUGGAUUACGUGAAAACUGUCACUACAACUCUGCUUACUUCAGUCACAAUGCCUCCUUCUACCGUAUGAGCUGCAGUGGUCCCGACAUCCCUUACCAUUCUCUCAUGGACAACAGAGACAAUAAAGAGAUCAACGUUUUGGAGGACAACAGUGGAUUUAAGGCCAACUCAGCUGGCAUCCAAUUGCCCACCAUGCGUCGAGGCACAAUUAAAGUUGCUGGAUACACUCUGUGGUACCAGAUGGUUUUGCCUCCAGGCUUUAAGGAAUCCGAGAAGUACCCCUUACUGAUUGAUGUAUAUGCAGGUCCCUGCAGUCAGACGGUUGACUAUGUCUACUCGGUGAACUGGGCCACCUACCUGGCCAGCACUGAGAACAUCAUCGUUGCGAGCUUUGACGGAAGAGGAAGUGGUUACCAGGGCGACACGUUAAUGCAUGAAAUCUACAAACGUCUGGGAACAUAUGAGGUGGAAGAUCAGAUAGCAGCCACCAGGGAAUUCAUCAAAAUGGGCUUCAUUGACAAAGAUAGAGUUGCUAUUUGGGGAUGGUCCUACGGUGGAUACGUGACGUCGAUGGUGCUGGGUUCCGGCAGUGGAGUGUUUAAAUGUGGAAUGGCCGUGGCUCCGGUCUCCAAAUGGGAAUUUUAUGAUUCCAUCUACACGGAGCGCUACAUGCUGGAGCCGUCACAGAACCUUCUUGGAUAUAGUAACUCAACUGUAAUGGAAAGGGCCAAGAAUUUCCAUUCAGUGAAGUAUCUUCUGAUUCACGGAACCGCUGAUGACAACGUUCAUUUCCAGCAGGCGGCCGAGAUCUCAGAAGCUCUGGUGGAGGAGCAGGUGGACUUCGAGGCCAUGUGGUACACGGACAAGGAUCACGGCCUCCCCGGCGCUGCAAAUCGACACGUCUACACCCACAUGAGUCACUUCCUGCAGAGAUGUUUUGCGUAAAGUCCACUGGUUUUUAUCUCGUGUGAAUAAAAAUGGAUUUUUGAGAUAAAGACAUGUAAUUAGGAAUGCAUUUGUUUUUAUGUGCAUUGAUUUUGGGACAAAAACAAAACGAGUGCCAACUGGCCCUGUCAUUCUGUCCGUGUUUUGCCCUGCAUAUACUCAUUCAGAAAUACCAGCCUCGAUAGAACUGUAACUGAAAUUAUUACUUAUAUUAAAAAAGUGAUUUAUAUUAUACAGUUUGUGCUUUUAAUGUGAAGGACAAAAAUGAAACUACUUGUACAUGUAAGACUUUGUACAGUAUUGUGUUAAAUUGUGCAUAAAAGUGUAAUGCGCCAAAGUGACAGUUUUGCUAAUUUUGAUACGAUUUGUUGUAUGAAGUGUUUUCUAAAAUAAUAAAUAAAUGUAAUAGUAAGAAUGAG